AUGGCAACGCUGCCAGACUUGGAAAAGGCUCAGUCGCCGCCGCUGUCGACCAAGGACGACGUCGAGAAGGGGCUGCCGACGGAGGAGCAGAAGCCGGUCAAGGUCACUGGUGGUGGAGAUGCGGUGGCGCCAGAGCAUCUGAAGAGGAACUUGUCGGCGAGGCAGGUGUCGAUGAUUGCCAUCGGUGGAACAAUCGGCACCGGCCUGUUCCUCGGCACCGGACGAGCGCUUCACACAGGCGGACCCGCGUCGCUCCUGAUCAACUACUCCAUCGUCGGCGCCCUCGUCUACCUCGUCAUGCUCUGCUUGGGCGAAAUCGCGACCGAGUACCCGCAGGCAGGGUCGUUCACGACAUACUCGGGCCGAUUCGUCGACCACGCCUUCUCGUUCACCAUCGGCUGGAACUACGCCUUCAACGACGCCAUCUCCUGCGCAGGCGACUUGACCGCCGCACAAGUCUUAAUGGAGUACUGGACGGACCGCCUCACCUGGCUCCCGUCACUCUUCUUCCUCUUCUUCCUCCUCGGAAUCAACCUCAUGCCCGUCCACUUUUACGGAGAACUCGAGUACUGGCUCUCCAUCCUCAAGGUACUCAGCGUCGUGAUCUUCUUCUUUCUCGGCAUCGCGGUCAACGCCGGCGGGAACACUGAGCACAAAUACAUCGGGGGGCAGUACUGGACGCAUGGGGCGGCGCCGUUCGUCGACGGGUUCGGAGGCUUCGCCAAGCUCUUUGUGAGCGCGGCUUUCGCGUAUGGCGGCACCGAGUCACUCGGCGUCACCGCAGGCGAGACGAAGAACCCGAUCCGCAACAUCCCUCGCGUGACCCGGAGCGUCUUCUGGCGCAUCCUCAUCUUCUACAUCUCGACCGUCAUCAUCAUCGGCUUCAACGUGCCCUACGACUACCCCAACUUGUCCAUCAAGUCGACCGCGACGUCGCCGUUUACGCUUGUGUUCCAGCAGGCCGGGUCGAAGGCCGGCGGUAGCUUCAUGAAUGCAGUGAUCCUCACCUCCGUCCUCUCCGCCGGCAACCACGCCAUGUUCGCGGGUGCGCGCGUCCUAUACGGCCUCGCCGUGAUCCGGCAGGCACCCUCCAUCUUCCGCCGCACGAACGCGCAAGGCGUACCCUGGGUUUCGGUCCUCGCCAUCUCGAGCGUCUCGCUUCUCUUCUUCGGCGCGAGCUUCUUGCCUGGUGGAGCGGGGCAGAUCUGGACUUGGGCACAGAACCUGGUUGGCGUCUCGAAUCAAAUCGCCUGGCUCUGCAUCGGCGUCGCCUCCUUCCGCUUCCGCCUCGCCUGGAAGAAGCAAGGCCGGACGGCGGAGCAGCUGCGGUACCCGAACCCGCUUGGCAUCUACGGCGGACUCGUGAUCAUCGGCGCGACGACUUUUAUCAUCCUCGUCCAGGGCUGGACGGUCUUCCGAGGAACGUUCAGCGGGGUGGAUUUCGUGGCCAACUACAUCGAGCUCCCCAUCUUCGCCGGCCUCUACCUCUUCUGGCGCCUCCUCAAAGGCGUCCGCACGCCCUCGCUCUCACAAAUCGACCUCGACUCGGGCCGAUACGUCCAGACGGAGGACGACGAGGUGGAUGAUCUUGCCCGCGCGGAGAGGGAGAAGGGCAGGAUGGGAUGGGCUUGGAGGAUGUAUGGGUGGGUGGCGUAG